CUACAAAACAGUAGGCGUUAUAUUAUUCGUAUCCGAACCCCCAGGCCCCCCCUCGGUUCGCCUUUCCUUCCCAAAACCGGCGCGCGAUGGCGAGCUACGGCGGCCUUCUCCGGCGCUUCCCCUCCGUGGUCCAGCGCGGCAGAGAAGGCGUCCGAUAUGCACGCAAGGCCCUGGUUCGCUUCGCCCGUCCCCAGUCCUUCGCCGUGCCGGCCGACGACGAAGCCGCUGCCGUCCGCGCCGUCCGAAACCUCCGCUCCUUCCGCUUCCAUUACGCCUUCCUCCUAUGGUUCCUCCUCCUCGCCUCCCUUUUCCCCCGUCGCCGCCACACCAUGCUCUUCCUCAUGGCCGCCUCCAAACUCGCUCUCUUCUUCGGCGCAUUCCUCAAGGUCUUCCCCAAUUCCACUCUUCUCCGACGCAUCGUCGAACGAAGAGUCAUGGGCGCGCUUGUGGCCUUCGUGAUCGGCGCCGAGAUCGUGGCGACGGGAGCUGUGCUGCAGUUUUUGGUGGCGAUGGCCGUCGGCGUGCCCUUGGUGCUGCUCCACGCGGUGUUCCGAGCGCGGGACGACUUGGCGACUGACGUCGUCGAGACAGCGGCGGUUGCGAACGGUGGAGAAUUUCGGCAGAUGGCGGAGAAGGAGAAAAAGGAAGAUCUCGAAUUGGGUUCUCAGCGACCGUAGCCAUAAUUAUAGUCUUUAUAAGCAAAAUUGAGGCUGUGAGACUGGAGAGGAAGCAGCAAUUAGUGACGUUCGAUCUUCGAAAACUAAGCAUUUCUUUAGUUUUAUAAGCAAAGUUGAAGCUAUGUUAGAAUUUAUGCUUAUAUUUCUCUGGUUUAGUCUAAGAAUUAAAAAGCAAUACUUUGUUCUGAUUUCCUCAGGAUCUGUAAUAGGACUAACCGAUUUUGUUUUUCUCCAAGUCUGUCGAGUUAAUUACUUUAUUUUUCCA